UCCACUUUUAUGGUAUAGUGAGAAACUAUAAUUUGUUUUCUGAUAAUUUCGUUGGAUGUAACAUUUCCAAUGAUCUCCAGAUAUCCUAGAUUGAACAAAAAAGAUCCUCCAGUUUCAGUUUAUUGGCUCCUUGCUGCAAUGGGGGAUGCAGAAAAUGUCCUUCCGCCUUCAAAGAAGAGGGCUGCUGGAAGAGAGAUUUCUCGGGAUAACCCUGGGCUUGAUGAUGAAGAAGGUUCUCCUGAACAAGAGACUGGAACAUUUAAGAGAGCUAGUGAAGAAGUUUUGGCAAACAGACGAACACUCAAAGUUUGCAGAAAUCAAACUUCAACUGCCUCACCCAAUCCUUUUUCUGGGAUUUGCUUAGUUCCCCCUUCUGGACAAACUGUUGCUCCUGCUGCACCUAGUGCAGCCCUUGAAUCUGGCUCAACCACCACUCAGGUUACGGCCGCUGCACCAAUUUCCAGUGAGAAAGAGGUUUCUGAUGAAAAUGACAUUAACAAAUCUGAAAAGAGUGAAUGCGCAAAUAAUCAUCAGUCAGAGAAAAAAACUGAUGAAACAGGGCCUGAGCAUGCAAGUGAAAAUAUUAAGCAGUUGGAAAGUAAGAAGGAUGAGCCAGUUUCGGAUACUGUUGCUGAUAAGGAAAGUGCUGAGGAUAAGAGCAGUGAUGUUGUAAAAGAAGAAACUCAAAAGGGGGCCAAUGAUGAAAAACCGACUGGAGGUGUCGAGACCAAGGAUGAAGAUAAGAAAGAUGAAAAGACUGCAAAUCCUGAUAACAAAGCUAAUAGUGAAAAUGCAGAUUCAGCUGCAGAAGGUGCAUCGUUGAGUUCAUUCCAACAGCUUUCUAGUAGCCAGAAUGCCUUUACAGGACUCACUGGCACUGGAUUUUCUACUUAUUCAUUUUCCUUUGGAUCUACUACAAAGGAUGGUGGUACAGGUUCAUUCGGCUUCGGUCUUUCAGCAAAUGGGAACUCUUCCCUCUUCAACACAUCAGGGACUUCAAUUGUUUCCAAGAGUGAGGGAAGUGGGUUUCCUACCUUGCAGGAGGUUCCGGUUGAGACUGGAGAAGAGAAUGAGGAAGUUGUAUUCUCUGCUGAUUCUGUGCUGUUUGAAUUUAUAGAUGGAGGCUGGAAAGAGCGAGGGAAGGGAGAACUUAAGGUGAAUGUCUCAACAACUGGGGCUGAAAGAGCAAGGUUGCUCAUGAGAGCUAGAGGAAAUUAUAGAUUGAUUCUAAAUGCAGGUCUUUAUCCGGAUAUGAAGCUGACAAAUAUGGACAAGAAAGGUAUCACUUUUGCUUGCAUGAAUAGUACUGGGGAAGAGAAAGAAGGGCUGUCUACAUUUGCAUUGAAGUUCGAGGAUGCUUCCAUAAUCGACGAUUUCCGUGUUGCUGUAAUGGCACACAAGGGUAGCUCUGCUACUGUUCUGAAGACACCUGAAAAUUCCCCUAAAGCGACAGAAGCUUGAAAGGUAUCACCCUUAGAUCUGGUCUAUCCUGAACUUGCCAUUUGCGGUUGUCCUCAUUUUUUUAUGGAAGUAUCGGGGCUCGGACAUCAUAUGCUCUUUAUAUGCAGCGGAAUCCAAGUUAACCGAGAUCAAUCCAAUCCGUUUUUUAUUGUUAUAAAUCAUGUAUGUAGGAGAGUCAAUAGAGACCAUCCAGUUAUAAACUAUGUUAGCUUGCGGGAGAAUGUUUAAACCUUUUUGUUUUUCAUGGUGUUAAUGAUGGAAUUAAACUUGAGUCUCCCAAGCGA